UGACGUUUUGGCAGGGUGUUUGCCUAACAGGUACAUUUGGGUAGAUGUUUUACCUGUCGUAAAUUAGCACAAAAAAACUUUAUAAUAUCAAUAAUUGAAUUAGAAUAUAAUAGCUCAUAGUAAUUGUUUAAGUUAAGGAAAGCCUGGGUGAGUGAGUUGUAAAUAGAGGAUUAAAUAUUCUGUUUUUCAUAAAUUUCGAGGCGGAAACACCGAGGACAUAAGUUGUCGCUCCUGCUUGAGAAAUGCCAGGCUUGGCAGAGAUAUGUAUUGGCAUGCUGUUGCUGCUCCCUCUGGCUUGGGCCAGAGUUGUCUACAGCCACAACGAAGUGUUCCUGGGACAACAGUCUGCGUCCUCGUACCUGUCUCGCUCGCUGCUCUGGAACAAAUGGGAUCUGGAGAUGGUGACGCCAGACAGCCUUGAGAGGGAGUGCAUAGAGGAGGUGUGCACCUACGAGGAGGCCAGGGAGGUGUUUGAGGACACAUCCAAAACGAAUGUAUUUUGGGACACAUAUUCCAGCAGUCACAGCUCUUUAGAUACAGCUCCCAGAGUGGAUGUGUCAGGUCUAGUGGCAGGAAUCUUGGCUAUUCUAGUGUCUGCUGUCAUAGCCACGGUGCUGGGCUGCUACUGUUACAAGAACAAAGCUGGUAGGACGGCAGGCAGUGCUCCAGUGAGAAUGGUUGUGGAUGGCCAGCCUGCCCCAGAGACAGUGCCUCUGGCUGGGAUCAUCGCUCCAGGACUGCCCUCCUACGGCGAUGCCCUGACCCGCAGUGGGCAGCAUGAUGCGCCCCCGCCACCUUACUCUGGGGGGGCGCCAUCAGCACCUCCUGACCCAACUGACGAUACUGAGAUUACUGUGAAUACUGAGGACACUGAGUGAAAAGGAGGGAAGGACAUUUUAAAAAGGGGGAUUCAUGUAGAGUGGGGGUGUGUGUGUUACAAGCUUCAAUUGGAGUUCUGGACAGUUAUAAGUGAGCACAGCUGUGAACAUUUCAAUUCCUGUGAGUUGUUGAAAUAGACAUGGUAUAUGUCCAUAUAAUAGGAGAGCAUUUCAUUUAUUUUAUUUUUUUCCGGGGGAAGAGGGGAGUUCAUAGGGGGGCAAGGCUGAAGGAUGUUAUAGAUAGAGAAAUUAAGGGAAUGGGAUGAAGACUUGUUAAGAGGUUACCUGUGAGAAAGAGAAGCAAUCCCUUGAUUGCAAAAUGCAUCAUACGGGAUGAUUUCUGUAUUUUGAAAGUUACAUAUCUUGACAACUUGAUUGAUGACAAGCAAAACAUUUUGGGACUAUUUCAACAAUGGGCUAAUGGAAUUUCCUUUAAUAUGUAUAAACUAGCAGAUGGUAUAGUAUUUAGGUCAACAUGUUGGCUAAUGUUUGUUUUAUCUCGGUUGUUUCUAUCUGUAUUGGUACAUGACAGACCACUCUGAAUUUAAGUAUAUUUAUACACAUUUCUUAUUCAAAACAUUUGAAUAAAGCUUUUGCACCUAG